AUGACAGAUGAUAGAGGAGCAGCCCCGGAACCGCAGAGGGGAGCACCUGGUCGUGAACAAAACCCAUGGUGGUAUCAAUCUUUUAAGGCAAGUACAGAGUUUAGAGAACCCCCACGUUCUGUGAGAGCGCAGGGCGUCGCGUCGUCUCACAGAGUGCGUCCCCAAAAAUUGCUACCCUCGAGACAAGAGACUGAUGAUGAUAGAGGAGCAGUCCCGCCACCGCACAAGGAAGCACGUCAACGUGAACAAAACCCAUAUUGGUAUGAAGCUCAUAAGUUAAAUACAGAGUUUAAAGAAAUUCCGAGUUCUGCGAAAGUGGAGAGCCUCACACGUGUCAAUUUUGACCGUUUCCUCAACAGGCAGGAGAUGUCUGCGGUCAUCUUCGUCGACUGCGUUGAGAAUUCCCGGGAGGCCCUUAAAGUGUGGGAGAAAGAGGCUCUUAAGAAAAUCAACAAACCCAAACUUGCCUUCGGUUCAGUCGACUGCUACAGGAACAAAGACCUGUGCGCCCGUGAACGCAUCUCUACACUCCCGUACUACAAACUUUACGUCGAUGCUCUUCCGAUCUCUUCCGUGCAUGAGUUCGUACUGUUGAAGACUAAACUAGACAGAUAG